AUGCACGGGGAGAGGGAGAGUCUCCUCCUCCUCGACCGCAGCGCCGACGCCAUGGAACGGGGCGGCGAGCGCCACCACCCGCUUAGCGUAUUCCUCCGCGACGCGAGGCUCGCCUUCAGAUGGGACGACCUCGGGCAGGAGAUCAUGAGGAUCGCGGUGCCUGGCGCGCUCGCGCUCAUGGCUGACCCCGUCGCCUCCCUCGUCGACACCGCCUUCAUUGGCCACAUAGGUCCGGUUGAACUUGGAGCUGUAGGUGUAUCAAUUGCUGUGUUCAAUCAAGUCUCGAGAAUUGCAGUGUUCCCCCUUGUUAGCGUCACAACAUCAUUUGUUGCUGAGGAGGAUGCUCUGUCCAAUGGCAGAGACAAUGACAAAAUAAAUCAAGACAAUGCAUGCAAUGUUUCUGUUAGUGAAAUGGAGGAACUGAUUUCUCCUGAAGGGGCCAGUGCCACUACCAGCAUAUCAUCUUUUGAAACUGAUUCAUGUGAGGUCAGUGUAGAGCAAAAGCGGAAAAAUAUUCCAUCAGUCUCUACAGCACUAUUACUUGGUGGGGUGCUUGGCCUACUUGAAACCCUACUGCUUGUUCUCUCUGCAAAACCUAUCUUAGGUUACAUGGGUGUAACACCGGAUUCUGCUAUGAUGAAGCCCGCAUUGCAGUACUUGGUUCUCAGAUCUCUUGGUGCUCCUGCUGUCCUGUUAUCUCUGGCAACACAAGGAGUCUUUCGCGGAUUUAAGGAUACAAAGACGCCUCUAUAUGCAACUGUGGCUGGAGAUGCGAUCAAUAUAGUUUUGGAUCCAAUAUUUAUCUUUGUGUUCCAAUAUGGUGUCAGUGGUGCCGCCAUUGCUCAUGUUAUAUCACAAUAUUUGAUUGCGUCCAUACUCUUAUGGAGAUUAAGGCUGCAUGUUGAUUUGUUGCCACCUAGCUUUAAACACCUGCAGUUUGGCCGGUUUCUUAAAAAUGGUUUUCUGUUACUUGCACGAGUUAUCGCCGCAACUUUUUGUGUGACACUAUCUGCGUCAAUGGCUGCACGACUAGGUUCAACUCCAAUGGCUGCAUUCCAGAUCUGCUUGCAAACCUGGUUGGCUUGCUCACUUCUUGCUGAUGGAUUGGCUUUUGCUGGACAGGCUAUACUUGCAAGUGCAUUUGCUCGUAAGGACUAUCCAAAGGCUACUGCCACAGCUUCUCGUAUCUUGCAGCUGGCUUUGGUCUUGGGACUUAUCCUAAGUAUACUUCUUGGUAUUGGUCUGCGCAUAGGAUCUAGAUUAUUCACAGAUGAUCAAGGUGUACUGCAUCAUAUCUACAUAGGAAUACCGUUUGUCUGCCUUACUCAACCAAUCAAUGCUUUGGCUUUUGUUUUUGAUGGUAUCAAUUAUGGAGCAUCAGAUUUCGGAUAUGCUGCCUAUUCAAUGGCAAGUUGA